GCGCCAUGCCUGCCCAGAACGUGGCGAGCGGCAGCGAGCCGCCGGGAGCCGAGAUGGGGGAACAGGAGGUGGUGAUCACGCCGGCCAUGCUGGCCGAAGAGGAGCAACUGGAGGCGGCGGGGCUGGAGAAGGAGCGGCAGAUGCUGGAGAAGGCUCGCAGUACUUGGGACAGGGAGUCAAGUGAAAUGCGCUACAAGAGGCUUCAACACCUGCUUGAAAAAAGCAACAUUUAUUCCAAGUUCUUGCUAACUAAAAUGGAGCAGCAGCAACUGGAGGAACAAAAAAGGAAAGAGAAGUUAGAAAAAAAGAGGGAGAUGAUGUUAAAAUCUGCCAAGACUCAAAGUCCAGCUGAUGGAAAAGAAGAGAAAUCAGCUACAAAAAAGAAGAGAGGGAGAGAUGACGGAACAUACAACAUUUCAGAAAUUAUGUCCAAAGAGGAAAUCUUAUCAGUGGCAAAAAAAAGUAAAGUGGAAAAUCAGGAUGAAAGCUCUGCUGACAACCUGUGUCCAGAAGACCUGCAGAAAAAUGGGGACUCAAAUAGUGUCAUUAAGGAUAGGUUGUGUCAAGCUGUCCGACACAGUGCCAAGCAAUUCCUUGAUCCAGUGCGGAAAUUUAAUGGACAACCAGUGCCUUUUCAGCAGCCAAAGAUUUUUACUGGAGGUGUGAUGAGGUGGUAUCAAGUGGAAGGCAUGGAAUGGCUAAGGAUGCUUUGGGAAAAUGGUAUCAAUGGUAUUUUAGCUGAUGAGAUGGGGUUGGGAAAGACAAUCCAGUGCAUUGCAACAAUAGCUCUCAUGGUGGAGAGAGGAGUCCCUGGUCCCUUCUUAGUAUGUGGUCCUUUGUCCACGCUUCCAAAUUGGAUGUCUGAAUUCAAGAGAUUUACUCCAGAGAUUCCGCUCAUGCUGUAUCAUGGAGCUCAGCAGGAACGUCGUAAACUGGUUCGUAAAAUUCACGGGCGACAAGGAUCGCUGAAAAUCCAUCCUGUGGUCAUUACUUCUUUUGAAAUCGCAAUGCGGGACAGAAAUGCCUUGCAGAGCUGCUUCUGGAAGUAUCUGAUAGUAGAUGAAGGUCAUCGGAUUAAAAAUAUGAACUGUCGUCUUAUCAGAGAACUGAAACGGUUUAAUGCAGACAACAAACUGCUGUUGACUGGUACCCCCUUACAGAACAACUUGGCAGAGCUUUGGUCAUUGCUUAACUUCUUGUUGCCAGAUGUUUUUGAUGAUUUGAAAAGCUUUGAAUCGUGGUUUGAUAUCACCAGUAUUACAGAAACUGCUGAAGAUAUUAUUGCUAAAGAAAAGGAGCAAAACAUCUUGCAUAUGCUGCAUCAGAUUCUGACACCUUUUCUACUGAGAAGACUGAAAUCUGAUGUUGCUCUUGAGGUUCCUCCUAAACGAGAAGUUGUGGUGUAUGCACCCCUAGCAAAGAAGCAAGAAACGUUCUAUACUGCCAUUGUAAAUCGCACCAUUCGGAAUCUGCUUGGAAAUAAUGAGGAAGAAGUAGUUGAAUUGGGUCCAACAGGCCGACCAAAGCGCCGUAGUCGAAAACUGGUGGAUUAUUGUGAGGAACACAAUGGUUCACCUGAUGACUUGGAAAAGUUGAUCAACAGAACGCAAGAGGAAGUAGUAAAAGAGAGGCCAGUGAUAGAAGUGAGCAUGCCCAUGGAUUCAGAAGUGAACCUUAAACUACAGAAUAUUAUGAUGUUAUUGAGGAAAUGCUGUAAUCACCCCUAUCUUAUAGAAUACCCAUUGGACCCUGCUACACAACAAUUCAAGGUAUGUAUUUUAAAAAGAUUAAGAAGGAAAAUAUUCGGUGUCUUGAUGUUCUCACAAAUGACUAUGAUGCUUGACAUUUUGAUGGAUUACUGCUAUUUGAGAGGCUUUAAGUUUAGCCGAUUGGAUGGGUCUAUGUCCUAUGCAGACAGAGAAGAAAAUAUGCAUCAAUUUAAUAACGACCCUGAAGUAUUCCUGUUCUUAGUGAGUACGAGAGCUGGAGGUCUGGGCAUUAACUUAACUGCAGCAGAUACAGUUAUCAUAUACGAUAGCGACUGGAAUCCCCAGUCAGACUUGCAGGCCCAAGACAGGUGUCACAGAAUUGGCCAGACAAAACCAGUGGUUGUUUAUCGCCUGGUGACAGCAAAUACAAUUGACCAGAAGAUUGUGGAGAGAGCUGCUGCCAAAAGGAAGCUAGAGAAGCUGAUUAUCCACAAAAAUCAGUUUAAAGGUGGCAAAUCUGGUUUAGCACAAUCAAAGAGCUGCCUGGACCCUCAGGAAUUAAUAGAAUUGCUGAAAUCCAGAGACUAUGAGAGGGAGGUUAAGGGAUCUAAAGAAAAAGUAAUCAGUGAUAAAGAUCUUGAGUUACUCUUGGAUAGAAGCGAUCUUAUUGAUCAAAUGAAAACUUCUGAAACAAAUAAAAAGGAAAAAAUGGGUGUCUUCAAGGUCCUAGAAGAAUCACCAGGUUCCAAUGCAGAAUGUGUCUUUUAAAAGUGCAGGUGGCCUGUAGUCUUAUAGGGCAAACAUGUGACAUCUGUAAGAGGCCAGUUUCAGUCAUUACACGGACUGAUCCUUCACGCUAAUUCUUUAUGGCCAUUUUUCAAACCCCUCUGUUCUUUCAGUGACAUUUCUGCGUUCUAAGGUGUAACAUUUGAUAGGUUCAUGUUUGUAGUUUUGUUAGCCUAUGAUAAAGAAUUGAAAAGACAAGCAUUUCACGUUUUCAGUUAGCUUUUGUGUUCAGUGGUAAAAACUGGCCAAGUUGUGUAAAAUCUUCCUGUGGAAGUCCUAAAACACUUUUUUGUAUGGUGUUGAAUAUGAUUUUAUUGGGAAGGGAAAGAACAUGUUGCAAAGAACUGUUAGCUCUUGGUUCUUGUUGUUUUUUGUAAUUUCUGCAAAUUAUUUUGAUAAAUAAAUGUUUGGAUUGUC